AUGGCGAGCACAUCGGGUCCCCAGAUCUUCGACGAUGCAAGCCGAUCCCCCACCAAACCGUCUAUGUUCCGCGCCAUCAUGUCACCCAAAUCCCAUAAACGAAAUCAAUCUGCGGAUGAUGCCGCUGCGCCCCGGCCGCUGCAAAGAACCAAACCCUCCGAAAACAUCCCUUUCUCGUUUGGUGAACCAUCUCCCCAUCCAACGGGCUAUCGCCCAUUGAGUGAGAUUGUACCCAACCGUGAUGUCGGCGACAAUGGAGCCCCACCAAAGAGUGGAGGUAAAGAACCGAAGGGACCUCUACACAAGAAGACCAAGAGCGCUGUGUCUCUGAAGUCACUGAGGAGCUAUAUGGAACGGAAGGACGGCAAACCGGAGGACGCAACGACCGAGGACGGUGACGACUUGUCACCCAAGAAGGCUAAAUCAUCCAACAGUCUCUCCGCCAUCCUCAAGAGAUCCCAACGGGGACGCAAAGAUGGGUCGAACUCCAAGCAGAGUCGGGACAAGGAGAACCGCAGUCCGACUGAUCUCAUUGACAACAUGCCGUCCCCUGCCUGGUCCCAAGACUCCGCUUCUGUUCACAGAGAGCCCAUCGGCCGAUCACGUCCGAGCUCCACGGCCGAACCACGACGAACUGUAGCGGACGAGGUGUCCCUAUACACACCCAAGGGUUAUGGGCCAAGCCAGCAACGCAACUUUUACGACUUCCAUCAACCAUCCCUUGCUAAACCUGGAGACGCCAAGCCUCGCCCGAAGUCAGACAUUCUAUCUGGGAACCGCAAGGUGAAGGACUUGCUUGGACUGCAGCGGGUAACCUCCGGAGACAAUGCCUCCCCCAAGCGAACCGACGAUGCUUCGACAAAGAGCCGCGGGCCUCCUAGCCCACGCAAAUUGUCGCCUCCCACCAUGGCGAAGGAAGAACAGCCUAAGCGACUCUCCCGCGUACAGGCGGCUAUUUCGGCGUUCAAUGCGAAGGAACGAGACGCGGAAGUGCACCAGCACUUGAAUUCCAAAGAUCUUGAAAGUGAAUUCGAGAAGUUGCUGGACGCGAGAAACAUCCCUCACAACAUGCGAGACAAAAUGCGCUCUCUCGACACCAACAUCAAGGCCGAUUUUAUCCAGAAAGAUCGAACUGAGAACAUGACUCCUCUCAGCUCGGGAACUGGUGACAGCCGUCGAGGACGUGGCAAAGAAUCCAGGGAGGACUCGGAGCCUCAGGACCGCAAAGGGUCGCGAUCUCGCUCACGGACUCGUGGCUUUACGCUCACUAAAGGACCGUCAUCUCCAGGAAAGAAGCUUAGACGGGAUAGUGAAGCCUCGAACCGUCGACCACGAUCUGUCGAUCUUUCCCAGCCUGUCGGUGUCUACACCACUUUGUCCGCCAAUGCGUCCACGGCCUCUCUUGCCGAAGCGGCUGCUGUUGAUACUGCAGCGGAUCCUUCCGACUUCGUGCACUACCUGAGAGAAAUACAGAAGCCAGAAAUGGUUGAAGUUGGAAAAGUGCACAAGCUGCGCCUUCUCCUCCGCAACGAAACAGUGCAAUGGGUAAACGAUUUUAUCACCGAGGGAGGAAUGAAUGAGAUCGUACAGCUUCUAUAUCGCAUCAUGAAGAUGACCUGGCGGGAGGACCACGAGGACACCCUCCUACAUGAGGCGUUGCUCUGCCUUAAGGCUCUUUGCACUACAUCUGUAGCUCUCACCCAUCUCUCUGCCAUUGAGGCCGAACUCUUCCCCGCUUUGCUGCAAAUGCUGUUUGACGAGGAGAAGAAGGGCCCCAGCGAGUUCACCACUCGCGGGAUCAUUGCAAACUUGCUCUUCACGCAACUUUCCAAUGCUCCAGCGGGCGAACAGGCGACUAGGCGCGCCAAGCAGAUUCUCUCAUAUCUGAAAGAUCCUGCACCUCCGGCCAAUAACCAGCCCUUGUCCUUCAUUGCCAACAUCUAUCAAUCGCGACCUUACCGAGUUUGGUGUAAAGAAGUUUCCAAUGUGACCAAAGAAGUCUUCUGGAUCUUCCUCCAUCACCUCAAUGUCAUCCCGCUUCCCAAGACGGACGAGCUCUUCGGCGAAGAGACUCCAGUGGACACUCGGUCAUACAGCGAGCGUCAUUUCCCUCCACCUCGCCCUCCUGUUCCCGCCGCACCAUACGUCGGCGGCGUUGAAUGGGAUGCGACCAACUAUCUUGCUGCACAUCUUGAUCUUGUGAACGGCCUUAUUGCCGUGCUACCCACCCCAGAUGAGCGAAACCACCUUCGCGAUGAGCUCCGAGCCUCCGGGUUUGAGAAGGUCAUGGGUGGUAGCCUACGCACUUGCAAGGAGAAGUUCUAUGCUUCCGUUCAUGAUUGCCUGCGCACCUGGGUCGCUGCAGCAGCUGACGACGGUUGGCCUUACACUUUUGUACGCGAAGGACCGGCCCGAGUAGGCGAGCCUGGCUCCCCAACCAAAUCCCCAAAGAAAUUCGCCCCAGGCAGUCCAAAGAAAGGUUUGGUCGACGAGCGACCCCCUAAGUUGGAACUUGCCCUGGAUUUCGAAAACCGCCCAGCUCCAGGUCCGAUGACCCCGUCUAGUGACCUGCGUAGCUGGCUUUGA